AUGGACCCCCUGGACAGAGCUCAAGUACUCCUCCUCUGUGACCUGUGUCAAACAGCUGCAUUACAGAGUCGUUGUGAACUUUGUCAGAUUAACCUGUGUAAGGCCUGUGUAGGGGAGCAUCUCUCUGAUUCAUCUCAAAGACACAAAGUUGUGCCAUACAAACACAGAAAAUCUACCCCUAAUGUUAACUACCCAAAGUGUCCAAACCACACCCAGAAACAUUGUGAACUUUACUGUGAGAAAUGUGACAUUCCUGUCUGUUCUACCUGCCUCUCCUCUGAUGAACAUCAUGGGCAUAAGUUAACAAAUAUCUUACAGAAUCCCAGCUUUAUAAAAGAAAUUUUAAACAACGAUUUGAAAGAACUAGAAAAAAGAAUAUGUCCUACAUAUGAAGAAAUUGUAUUAGAUUUAAACUCUGAAAAACUUAAUUUGGAAAAGCAUUAUGAGAAACUGACAACAGCUGUCACCAAACAAGGAGAAGACUGGCACAGAGAAAUUAACAUCAUUGUCAACAAACAGAAAUCUGAAAUUGAUGAGAUGAAAUCUAAACACCUGGCAGCUCUAAAUAAACAGGAACAUGAAAUCAAACAGACCACAUCUGAUGUUAAACAAUGCAUACUUGAUCUAAAGAAAUUACUGGACUCCAAUGAUGUCUCCCUAACCUCUGCAUACAAAUCCAGGAAUGCUGCAUUCAGAAGUUUACCUCCUAAAAUCAACGUUACAUUACCAAGUUUUUCUCCUCAUCCGAUCAACACAGAGCAGUUCUAUCAAAUGUUUGGUUCUCUGUCAUCAUUAUCCAUUACAACUAAAGAAGAUGGCUACACAAUGAAGACAACAGAAGCUGUAUCCUGUCUUCCAGUCAAACCACUGCUUGAUGAACCAGAGCUCAUCACCACCAUAAACACUGGGUAUAGAGAACUAUACAGUGUUACCUGUCUCAGUGAUGAAGAAAUCUGGACACGUGGAGAAGACAAAAUCAUGAAACUCUACAACCUCCAGGGUAAACUACUGAAGUCAAUCCAAACCAAGUCUGGGUACACACCACGUGACAUAGCAGUGACAAGGAGUGGAGAUCUAGUUUAUACUGACACUCAUACAGGAACUGUAAACAUAGUGAAGAAAAAAAAGAUACAGGAAGUGAUCAGACUACGGGGGUGGAUACCUUACAAUGUCUGUAGUACCUCCUCAGGUGACCUCCUGGUUACCAUGGUCAGUAAUGAUGGAAAACAAUCAAAAGUUGUCCGUUACUCUGACUCCACAGAGAAACAAACCAUUCAGUUUGAUAGUGAAGGUAAACCUCUGUAUUCAUCUGGUUACUCUACUAAAUACAUUAGUGAGAACAGGAACCUGGAUAUCUGUGUAGCUGACUUUGAAGCCCAUGCAGUAGUGGUGGUUAAUCAGGCAGGAAAACUCCAUCUUAGAUACACUGGUCAUCCCUCUACUAACAAGGGAUCAUUGAAUCCAGUUGGCAUCACAACAGACAGCCAGAGUCAGAUCCUGACAGCAGACUUUAGUAACAACUGUAUCCACAUCCUAGAUCAGGACGGACAGUUCCUCCGUUACAUUGAUAACUGUGAUCUACAGCGUCCAUGGAAUUUAUGUGUAGACACCAGAGACAAACUCUUUGUGACUGAGAAUAACAGUGGUAAAGUGAAGAAAAUCAAAUACAUGUAAUCAAUGUGUUUUAAAAUAAAUAACGACAAGUUUGUGAUAGAAUUUUUUCCAGUAACAAAAAUCACAAGAUGUAGUUUAAUUCACUUUCUUGUGUUGAUGUGUGCGUGUGUGAAAAUAUUUUCAAUAUUAUCAAUAAGGUAUAUAUAUAUAUAAAAUAUAUAUAUAAAUAAAAAAUUCAAUUAUUAAUAACAAUCUUUUCAGAAUUCUACCCAAGAUUGAAAUGACUUCUCAAAAAUAUAACAUUACAUUGGAAGAAAACUUCAAUAUUUCAAAAUGACCAAAUGAAUACCAUGUAUAUUUGCAAGGAUGAAGAAAUUAAGAAGUAUGAUGUACAUUUUUUCAAGUUGAUCCUGUUUCAUGCACUGCACACUGAAGGGUUGUGAUUAUACUGUACUUUUGAUGUAGUUAGAAUAAAAUGCCCUUAGAUCUAAAAUAAA